AUCUCAAAAUGAACACAUUUACUUGUAUCGCUCUGCUGAUGUGCCUUGGUAUGGCGUAUGCCGCUUCUGUACCCCUACCAGAACUUCAACAAGUUGAAGUCGUGCAGGCAAUAGAAUCUGCGGGAGACGAGACUCUUCAACCGGAGGAAUCUCGGCACGGUGGUCAUCACGGACAUCACCACGGAGGCCAUUGGGGUCACCACGGUGGCCAUCAUUGGGGACAUAACGGUGGCCAUCAUUGGGGACAUUAUCCUAGAGGACAUUACUGGCAUGGUUAACAAUUGUAACAUAGAGUUAGUUAUAAAUUAACAGUUGAA